CCUCUCCUAUCAUCACAUAUACCUACCCACUUUACUUUGUUCGCCCGUUUCGCUGUGCUCAUUUUGUGCUUUUUCUUUUUUUUUUCUUUUUUUUUUUUUUUUUUUGGUUGAUAAUUUAAAACAACACCCGGUGCGACCAAAGUACUAAAAAGCUCGAGGCUAAAGUGAGGCCCUAUAGGUGUCAUUGUCGUGAUUGCCUGCACCCCCAUAUAGUGCAAUAUCCUUGCCGAGGAUCGAGACGCGAGGGAUUGUACGAUGCACGCCCGUGGAUGCUGCCGAUAACGCGAGGACUGGGCUCGUCGACGAGUUGACUUCUCGUGUACUCGUAUAAGGUGGAUUUUCCACGACUGCCGCUCGCCGAGAUGCCGCACACAGGCCAAGCGGGAGUCAACCAAUUGGGCGGAGUCUUCGUGAACGGCCGACCUCUGCCCGACUGCGUGCGCCAAAAGAUCGUCCAGCUGGCCCUUGUGGGCGUGAGGCCGUGCGACAUAUCCCGGCAGCUUCUCGUCUCGCACGGCUGCGUGUCCAAGAUACUGACCAGGUUCUACGAGACUGGGAGCAUCAGGCCAGGUAGCAUCGGCGGCAGCAAGACAAAGCAAGUGGCGACGCCGAGCGUCGUGAAAAAGAUACUGCGUAUGAAGCAGGAGCAGCCGACCAUGUUCGCCUGGGAGAUAAGGGAGCAGUUGGCCAGGCAGGGCGCCUGCGAUCCCCAAAGCCUGCCCUCGGUGUCCUCCGUCAAUAGAAUACUGAGGGGCGGUGGCCUCCCGGCCGAGGUGCACCCCGGCCUCGGUGGACUCGAGUCCGCCCCCGCGUCUCCCUACUCCCACCAGCAAGUGUCACCGCCCGGCGCCCCUGCCAUCCCCGGAGGAGAGUCUCUGUUGAGGACGGACUACCAGUUCUUUUACCCUGGCGCUCUGGGUCCGCUGCACGUCUCGGGCUCCCCGACGCCCACCUGGAACUCGAGUUUUUACUCGUCGCUGUACCAAGCGACGAGCCUCCACCUGCGGAACGGAGUCCAGUGAGUAUCCAGCCUCGACGCCCAGGAGUCCCAGUCGCAGACGGCGAUAGAGAUAAAGUCGAGCUCGAGCUCGCUGGUGGGCAGCGACGACUCCCUCGACAAGAGCGACCUGGACGACCUCCCGCGUUGCGUCGCCAAGGCCAAGAGCACCAGUCCACCGAUGGUCGAGAUGGGCGGCAAUCGCAGCGCUUUCAUCCGCCACGUAGGUGGUAGGGCGCGCUCCGGCGACGCCCAGCAACCGCAGCCGAGCCCCAGGAAACGCAACCCCUACUCCAUCGAGGAACUCCUUAAGAAGGACGAGGGGAGGAUCGCGGCCAAGAGGCCGAGGCUGCUUCUGGACACGGGCGUCGUACAGCCCUGCGGCAUCGUCGUCGGCAAGGACGUCUGAACGUCCUUUCCACUUCUCCACAUUUUUUUCUUUCUUUCUCUUGAGAUAACCGAUAAUUCAACUGCAGGCGAUCGACCGCGUCUCUGUAAUUUUUUUUUUUUUUUUAUGUUUUUUUUUACAUUGUACACGCACGAGCGAGCUCGGUUUUUUGUAAAUACACUCCGGGAUCUAUAUAGAAACGCUUCCUCCAUUCUGCAUCUUGACUUUUGUUUGUAGAAAUGUAACCAAGUAUACCGGUGUAUUACC